AUGCAAGAUGAAACUUGGUCAUUUGCGAGGGAUGUCUCUACUGUCAAUGGCUAUGCCUUCUCCGGCGAUACACUCUUCUUAGAAAUCUCCUUCGUUAAGGAAAAGCGAAAGCCAAGAGUCGUGAUAGAGUUUUUCACUGACAAAGCUCACCCGGAUCCGACGCUACGGAAAGUAUUCUGGUCAAGAUCGACCCGCAAUGGCUACCCCAUAUCUAAACAAGCAAUAGAGUGGCUCUCUCCUUUGCCAGACAGGGUUCUCUCACUUGAAGCUUCUACUGAAGGCAACAUCACGGUCAGGCUCACCGAACCAGACAAAGCUCUAGACAAAUACGCUACUUUGAGUCACCGUUGGAGCUUGGAUCACAAUUUUAUCACCACCAUCGAGAAUAUUGGCAACAGAAAAGAGGGAAUACUGUGGGAAGAGCUUCCCAAAACGUUCCAGGACGCCGCUCGGUUCUGCUUGGAGCUCAACAUUUCCUACCUCUGGAUUGACGCGCUUUGUAUUAUUCAAGACGACCCAAUGGAUUGGGAGCUUCAAUCCGCAAAAAUGGCCGACAUUUACCAUCAAUCAUGUCUCACACUGGCUGCAACUUGGUCUAAUUCCAACUCGACUGGAUGCUUCCCAGCCCAGGCAGAUGAAUACGCUGAGCACUCAUUGGAAGUCACAAAUUCGGCUCAAGACAACUUCAGUCUCAAAGUUCGUCCCUGGGUAUUCCAGGAGCGAGUACUGUCGCCCAGAGUCCUUCAUUUCUGCCUACGGGAGAUGAUUUGGGAGUGUUGUGAACACACAAUUUGCGAAUGCGGAGGCGAAAGUGAGAGCUCAAGCAGAGAGGACGCUUGGCAUGGUCUCGUCGAGCACUACUCCAAGCUAAAAUUGACGAAACAGACGGAUCGCCUUCCAGCGCUAUCAGGUCUUGCACAUCGCAUGGCUCCUUUCCUUGGCGAUUAUCACGCGGGGCUAUGGAAGUCAUCCCUAUUUCUCGAUCUUGCUUGGGCUGCCGAUAAACCUUCAAGUCAUCUAAAUCGCUCUCGGGAAUAUAUUGGCCCUUCCUGGUCAUGGGUGUCUACCCACGUUCUCAAAGCCAAAGGGAAGAACUAUUAUGGCGAGGUUUCAUCCGCCACCUUGGUUGUUUCAGGUCUUUUACGCUCAGCCACCUUGGGCUUUCUGAAGCGUCUUCGUGCAAAGUACCGUCCGUAA